UUUGGGAGGGAUGAGAAGAAUCCUAGGGCACUGAAAUCACACUCUGAAGGGGUUCCCCUGGCUGGGAGGGGAGAAGUCACUCCUCCUAGCCCCUCCCUUCCUUACUAUUGAGCCGAGAAAGGCAGGGGUACCCCAGCUUGGACUCUAGGUUCCGCCCUCUGCUCCCAAGAAACUGGGCAAGAGCUCUGCUGGGGACUGGCUGUGGGCGGGUUUUGGCCUUUUCCAGCCCCAAGGCCGCCCCCUGCAUUCUGGAAUCCAGCAGCCACUGCCUUUGCUGAGCUGACCGGCCAGCCAUCCCCUCUCCUCCUCUUUUCCUGUGCCACUUAGUUCCCCUUUUCCAGCUGUUCCUCUUACCAUGACCAUAGCGCUCCUCCAGACCCUGGCCCAUCUCUGAGUCCUGGAACCCUCAGACUCCUACCUGGGCCAUGGCCAACUCAGGCCUCCAGCUCCUGGGCUACUUCCUAGCCUUGGGUGGCUGGGUGGGCAUCAUCGCCAGCACCGCCCUGCCACAGUGGAAGCAGUCCUCCUAUGCAGGCGAUGCCAUCAUCACUGCCGUGGGCCUCUACGAAGGGCUGUGGAUGUCCUGCGCCUCUCAGAGCACCGGGCAGGUGCAAUGCAAACUCUACGAUUCACUCCUGGCCCUGGACGGUCAUAUCCAGUCAGCAAGAGCCCUGAUGGUGGUGGCUGUGCUCCUGGGCUUUGUGGCCAUGGUGCUCAGUGUCGUGGGCAUGAAGUGUACUCGGGUUGGAGACAGUAACCCCACUGCCAAGGGCCGUGUGGCCAUCUCCGGAGGUGCUCUCUUCCUCUUGGCGGGUCUCUGUACUUUGACUGCUGUCUCAUGGUACGCUACCCUGGUGACCCAGGAAUUCUUCAACCCCAGCACUCCUGUCAACGCCAGGUAUGAAUUUGGUCCAGCUCUGUUCGUCGGCUGGGCCUCUGCUGGGCUGGCCAUCCUGGGCGGUUCCUUUCUCUGCUGCACAUGCCCAGAGCCUGAGAGAGCCAACAGCAUCCCGCAGCCCUAUCGCUCUGGACCCUCAACGGCUGCCCGAGAACCCGUUGUUAAGUUGUCCACCUCGGUCAAGGGCCCCCUGGGUGUGUAAAGGCCAGGUUCCCAGCCAGGCCCUGCCCCCUACCAUCUCUAGACUGUGUGUUUGAUAUUUCUGGAAAGAGAAGCGAACAUUCAGCCCCAAGUGUGAUGUCAUGCUAUCUGUUCCCAUGCGCCUAGGGUGGGGCCUGGACUAGAGAGGCCAGAGCCAGCUCUUGGGGUGAGGUGGGCUCCAGGGUACAGGCAGAGCAGGAAGCAGUUAGUUUCCUGCUUUGUAUCUCUGCCCGCCCCACCUUGGAGUCUGGUACCAGAACUUCCAUGAGGGAAGAUCACAGCUACCCCUGGAGGCGUCACCUAACGCCUGCCUGGCCUAAUAAAGGAGCAAGACCUCAGGGUGAGGAAGCCCUGGCACGGAGACCAUUCCAUAGGUAGAAUGUUCUAGGCCCUCCCUGGGAGCCCUCCUGAGGGAAAAGAUAGUUUCUGUGAGGCCCAACCGUAGGGGCUCCCUUGGUGAUGGAAGGGAAUGGAGAGGAGCAUGGAUGGUAUCAGGACAACCCCAAGCCAACUCCAAAGCCCUCCAUGCAACUGUUAUCCUACUCCUGCAAUGACUGUCAACGCUCCCUCACCCUGAAGUGUAGUCAGAUGACAGGACUUCUGGUCUUGAAAUCCAGGUAUGACGUACUAGAAAAGGUUAAGUCCUUCAAGGCGCUGAGAGAAACCAGCCCAGGGAAGCAAAGGGCCAGCAGUGUCCUUCAUCCUCCCUAUCCAGAGAGUGCCGGCCCCUCUCUUCACUCAUAGGCUUCUGCCACCCAAGCCUCUCCCUGGACUCCAGGUCUGUCCCUCUCCAGGGACGAGGUGUCCACCACUCUCGUCUUGCUUCCCACAUGCCUUCCUUGUUAGCCCGCUGGUGUCUACAACCGCGUCUCCCACCAAGUGAACCCCAGGAGCCAGUACAGCUUCUGUGCAGCCCUGAGGUGCGGAUACCAAAACAUUAUAGCUGACGGUGGGGAGGGCGGGGGGAAAGCAGGUGACCAAGCGCUUCUGUGCUCAGGUAAUCACAUACCUGAUGAACUGCUGACCAAUUCAUCUUCUGACGGAUGGUAGCCAUAAGCCCCCGUGGACACCUCUGAUCCUAAACAAGUUUCCCAAGGGAGGCCCCUUGCACCAUAAGUGCCACAGAAGAGCUCUCUCCAAGUGCCCAAAGCCAUCCGGUGAUCCUUGGCCUUAGGACCACACUGGAGUCAUUUAAGUGGAUGCCCAGCCUCCACCCAGACACAAUGAUUUAAUUGGUCUAGUGGACCCAGGCUUCAGAAUUCACACAGCUCCUUCGAAGUAUGUGGUUCAUCUAGGGGUAACUCCUUGAGGCCCACACUCCUGACCAUUCUGGAGGGAUCUGCAGAGGGUGGAAGGAGCCUACCAGAAGACAGUGGGGGAGAGGCAAGACUAGAAAGGAAGUCCUGUCCACCUCCUGCCUUUCCGGAGUCCUGACCACUGGAGGAGACGCCUAUAUCCUUCCCAUUGAUGUCUCUUUGUGCUUAAGGAAUUCAACUUUGAAUCCUGUCACUUGCAGCCUGACUAACUCAGAGCUUGAAACCUGUGAACCAAGUGGGACACAGACAGACCCUCCACAGAUCUGGUACUUAGCAGCCCUUGGUAUUUGGUUGUGAAGCUGGCAGGAAGCCACAUGAUUCUUCAGAGUCCGAGGGCUGGGCGGUUCAAGACAUGGUGGUGGGGAUCGUAGAGGCAGAAUGUGUUGGCUACAUCUUGUGGUUGUCAGGAGUGGGCUCCAUGCAAGGACAGGAGCUGACAGUGGGGUGGCAUUGUCUGUUCCUCUAUUAAAGGAAGCUCAUUCUAGCCAUACAUACUGGAGCCUGGAAGGGCAGAGUCAUCCACCUUUGAUAUUUACAUUUGAUCCACAUUUGAUAUUUACACCCUGAUUAAAACCCGCGAGGUACUGGGGGUGGGAAGGGAGAGUGUGGGAGAAAUUGAAGGAGUUUUAAGCUAAGAGUUUGGGGAAUGUGAUCUCCUGAAGCAAACCCAUUCAAACAUCCAAGUCUGUUGUUUACUGUUCUAAUCUCAAGGCUGAAGGAUCCAGGAAAGACUGGGGAAGAUGAGGCUGACUCAAAAGGGAUGGUUCUAAAGUUACUGCCGUUGCUUUAGUCCCAGAAGUGAAACUGGCAAGUUAGACAUUUUGAUUCCAGAAGGAUGGUAGCUCCGUGUUCCUGAAGUUCCAGGUCCUGGGGAAACAGACCAGGAAGCUGCAGGCUGGGAAGAAGCUUGAAGAUCAUUAUGGCUGGGGCAGUUUCAAGAAGUUGUUACUUUUGUGUUACAUAACACUGUUGCUUUGUGUGAUAAUGACGCUGAUCCUUAUCUGGCAGAGGUACGCCUGGAAGCAUGAUGGCUGGAUUUACUUUAACUUUUUAAAACAGGUUCACAGGCAAGGAGAGCUGUGAUGCUGGGACGAGCCAGCGGCUGACAGGGUUCACUCUACCCAUUUGUAUGUUUGCUAAUGAAAGAAAAAUAAGAAAUAAAAAGUUUGAAACGA